AACCAAAGCUACAUACAUUCAUGUGUUGGGUGUUAGCCCAUCUGCUAGCUUGCUUUCCUUACCAUUAUGUGAACAAAGAGCGACAGUGGGUUGCUGCUUAGCCUAAUGAAGCUAAUGCUAGCAGCUACACUAGACGGUUACCGGUACUGAAGAUGCCACGCAAGAAGGUGACAGACGUAGCGGGGAACGGUGGGAUGAAAAAGAAGAGGACUAGUGGUAAAAGGAAAGAGAGAGACUUCAGUAGUGACGAUGAGUUUGACUUUGAGCAGGAGAAUAACAAGAAGCCUGGGAAGCCUUCCACCAAGUCAGGUCUGCAGCCUGUCACCGUGGCAGAUGAUGUGAAAGAGAAAAUAAAACUUGAGUGCCCAAAGGUGAAAGGUCAGCUCCUUAUAUUUGGCGCAACCAACUGGGAUUUGAUUGGAAGAAAGGAAGUGCCAAAACAACAAGCGGCAUUCCGCAACCUGGGCCAAAACCUGUGGGGUCCUCAUCGCUACGGCUGCCUGAACGAUGUGCAAGUUAGCUGUGUGGUGUCAGGUCCCUGUUCUGCACACAGUCUGUUCAUGACUACUGAGGGGAAGCUGUGGAGCUGGGGUCGUAAUGACAAAGGUCAGCUGGGUCAUGGUGACACCAAGCGUCUUGAAGCCCCAAAGUUAAUCGAGGCUCUAGCAGAUCAUGUGAUUGUUGCUGCAGCCUCUGGACGCAAUCACACCUUGGCACUCACAGAGGAUGGCACUGUGUACUCUUUUGGUGAGAACAAGUUGGGCCAGCUGGGCCAAGGCAGCCAAACAGACGCCGUCCUCAGCCCAGCACCGAUCUCCUACAAUGGCCAGCCAUUGGUGAAGGUGGCCUGUGGUGCCGAGUUCAGCAUGGUGGUGGACUGCAAAGGAAACCUGUACUCCUUUGGAUGUCCAGAGUAUGGACAGCUUGGUCACAACAGUGAUGGGAAGUUCAUUGCUCGCGCUCAGCGCAUUGAAUUUGACUGUGAACUGAUCCCUCGCCGGGUUGCCAUCUUCAUUGAGAAGUCAAAGGAUGGCCAGGUUAUGCCUGUGCCCAACGUAGUGGUCCGGGAUGUGGCCUGUGGUGGAAACCACACGCUGAUUCUGGACUCUCAGAAGCGAGUGUUCUCCUGGGGUUUCGGUGGAUAUGGGCGUCUGGGACACACAGAGCAGAAGGAUGAGAUGGUUCCCCGCCUGGUAAAACUGUUUGAUUUCCCAGGACGUGGUGCCACUCAGAUCUGUGCCGGGUACCAGUGUUCCUUUGCAGUCAGUGAGAUGGGUGGGUUGUUCUUCUGGGGGGUGACAAACACCUCCAGAGAGUCCACCAUGUACCCAAAAGCUGUGCAGGAUCUGUGUGGCUGGAAGAUUCGCAGUCUGGCGUGUGGGAAAAGCAGCAUCAUUAUCGCUGCAGAUGAGAGUACAAUCAGCUGGGGCCCGUCGCCCACGUUUGGAGAACUGGGAUACGGAGACAACAAACCCAAGUCGUCCACCACCGCCCAGGAGGUCAAGACCCUCGAUGGGAUCUACACAGAGCAGGUAGCGAUGGGCUACGCUCACACUCUGGUUAUUGCCAGACAGGACACUCAGCAGGAACAGGAGAAGCUGAAAAAGCUGCCGGAGUACAACCCGCGAACAAUCUAACAUAACCCUCCGACGCCAGCGCCUCAACCUGUUUCACUGGGGCAGAGACCAGCAGUGUUCUGCAGAACCACAGGGACUGUCGGUCACUGCUGGUCACAGUGGGGUACUAGUGGGAUGGUUGAGCUCAGGAGUGUAAAGGAUAUCCACACAUCUCAACUACCAGCAUCCUGGUUCUAUAUUAAUUUGGACACAGAAAUCUGAGACGGACAGAUCUUCUGGAUCUUCCAGCUCAGUGAACUCUCACGAUAUCUUCACUCCAAUAAACUGCCACGGUUUGUUCCAAGCACUUCACACCUCACAGAGUUGUGCUUCCUAACACCCUUUUCCAGUUUAUAUCCAGGAAAACAUUGAUUUAUUAAUUUCUGUUCAUUUGUUUGUUUGUUGGAGUAUUUGAAACCAUAGGGUUCUUUGUCACAUUUACGGGUGCUACAGCAGGAGCCUCUGUGUUUUCCCACUGAGGUUUUUCCAAGACCAACAGUCCAUACCUGUGCCUUUUUCUAUGUGUAUGUUCAGGAUAUGGAACUUUUGUUUAUGUUUCAGACGAUCACUCGAUCUGUCUGCGUUAGUGUAUGUGGCAGUGAGAAAGGUGAUGUGCAGCUGUCAGAGAAUACAAUCAGGAUUUGGAAUGUGCUGUUCUGAGUUUGUUCCACUUGAUCUUACAUUCCUUUUUUGUUUUUGUUCGUCUUCAGUGUUUGCAUCAAGGAUGCACACCUCAGUCCUUCCAAGACCACCUGGUCUACUAGCCCUUCUCUUUGAUUAUUUGAUUCUUCCAACGCUCAAAGCGGUUUCAGAAGCAGGUAAAAAGUUUUAGAACCGUAAAUGCACUGUCUGGAAAAGGUUCAGUGUUCAAGAUGUGCUGGAAAAAAAAGGCAUGUCCUUGUUUUAAAAACAGCAGAUUUUUUCUUUCUACCUGUAUUGCAUUAUUUUUGAUGGUGACAUUUCUCUGGGUUAGAUUGUUUUUUCAUUGAAAUGGUAAAUAAAGAUUCAUGUAAAAUA